GGAAUACUAAUUCUGUUUAUUGGCUGGUGAUUAUGGAAAUUGUCUAGGGUUGACUGUUUUCAGGAUGUUGAUUUCCACAAAGGAUGAUGAUUCCAUUGAUUGUUUCAAGGGUUAUGGUAUCAGCGAAAAGGGACUCUAAAUGCUCCAGUACUCAUGCUCUUAAUGCUUUUGAUGAGGUUCACGAAAAUUAUUUGCAAACCAUGCCAUAUGAGAACUGCUUAACAAGGCUACUUGUACCGGCAUCGCAUGCAAAAAAGAUGAUUAUUUUCCACACAAUCUUCCCGGAUCCGUAUAGACUCUAUGUGUAUCUAACAGGUGUGUAAUANGAAAAGGGACUCUAAAUGCUCCAGUACUCAUGCUCUUAAUGCUUUUGAUGAGGUUCACGAAAAUUAUUUGCAAACCAUGCCAUAUGAGAACUGCUUAACAAGGCUACUUGUACCGGCAUCGCAUGCAAAAAAGAUGAUUAUUUUCCACACAAUCUUCCCGGAUCCGUAUAGACUCUAUGUGUAUCUAACAGAUAACAUGCCAGUUUUUUUCCCGGGUGAUGUGAUUGUUGAAGUGGAAGGGAAGCGUGGGGAGGUACACGAGACAAUUGAAUCAAUUGUUUCGUAUCUGGGGGAUUUUGAGGUUGAUGGGAGAAUGAUGUCAGAGCUUAGAGCUGGGAAAGUCAUUUGUUCACCUUUUUUCGAAAAAGUUGCAUGUGGAGCAUAUUCAGGUGUGAAGCCUCGAAGAAAGUUUAUGAUCAAGGAGUCCACACGAAUCCCUUUGGCAUAUUUUGAUUAUUUCAUUGGCAAAAAAGGGGAAGCUAUUAAAAAGAUUUGGGAAUCAAGUCCGACGGCGUCAGUGUACUUUGACACAUUUACCGCUAAAGAGGUAUACAUAUGUAUUGAGGGAGAAUGUGAUUCGGAGGUCGAAGAUGCUAAGGAUGCGUUGGAGGAGUUGAUUCCCAAGGACAAAAAGAUUGUAGAUGGAAAACACGUUUUUGAGGGUAUGUUUUGCAUGGAGGGAGGGUUUGAUAUUGAGGAAGCGUAUGGUUGGCCUACCCCCGAGGAAGAGGAAAAGGAUAACAUUAUGCAUGAGGGGCGUGGAACCACUAUAUUUGGAUUUAUAUAUAUGGAUGUGAAAGACAACUAUCCGAAGCUUAUUAUGGCUUCGGAUAGUAGAUCCACUGAGCGUUCCACUGGGAGAGUCUUUGACAGAAGUGAAAAAUUUUUAAAAAUGGGUAAUGUGGUCGUUUUAAUGGCUGGAAGUAGGCAACAAUGUAAGAAAAUUGCAAGAGACGUUGCCCAAGACAAGAGCAUUCCAUCUUCAGCAAAUUUCGAAGUCAUCAUUGAUGCCUUCGAAAGAAGAAUGAAAGAACCAUCUGAUUCACAGCCAUUCUUCGUUGUUGGUUGCUUAAGCAGCGAGUGCCCACGUGUGGUUGCCCUGUCUCCAGGGCAACGUUUAAAGAAAAGAUUUGCCGGGGCAGCUUUUGCUGCACAUGGUUCUGGAUCCCCAUAUGCUCAAACUGAAUUAUUCAAGAGGUUUAAUAACGUUCAAAUGACACUCGUGAAGAAGCCUUUUUCUAAUCAUAAAGUGAGCAUUCCACUUCUUAAAACGUCUGAGGCGCUAUCAUUUGCAAAAGAGGCAAUGGCAUAUGCCUGGGAAAAAGACUCACAUACCGGAGGCGAAUUUUGUAACGUGUUUAUUAGCAAACGCGUUGGGGGAGAAAUGGUUUGGGAGGCAAUCCAUCUCAACUUUAAAGAGAUGGUGGAUGCCUGGAGAAGAAAAGAGAUGGCUGCUGCUGCUGCUGCUGCAAAAAAAAAAAAAGAAGCAGAGAUGGGUCGAUUCAGUUUUGGCCAGGGUUCACGUGCGCAGAAAAGGAAGCACAGUUGUUUAGAGGAGAUAUGUUAAGAUCAAUUUAAGAUAUGUCUUCCAUUUAUGAUCAAUUUAAGAUCUACAGUAGAUAUGUUAUAGUUCAUUAUUCUAGAUAUAAGGCUUUUUAAAAAUGGUAAAAAUUGGUGCAAUAUUAUUACAUUAGUAAAAUUUGAGGAAGUAGCUAUGUUGUACCCCGGAGUAGUUCAUUAUUCUAGAUAUACGGCUUUUUAAAAAUGGUAAAUAUUAGUGCAAUAUUAUUACAUUAGUAAAAUUAGAGGAAAUAU